GUAUAUAAAUAUAAAUAUAUUAGCAUUAACGGCUUAGGAGCCCUCGGUCUGGCAGUCGGGCAUCCGAUGGAUACUGUUAAAACGAUACAACAGAUGAACAACCAAAGUCUUUCGAGCGUCAAAAUCGUCGCUCGCAUUAUGAAGAGUCAAGGAAUAAGAGGAUUUUACAAAGGCAUGAUGUUUCCUCUUGUAAGCGCCGGAUGUUUGAAUUCAGUUUUUUUCGGAGUGUAUGGCAACAGUUUACGCGUGUUACAAUUGUCGAGAGGCAACGAUCCUGGAAAAAUUGUUCCUCAAGAUGUUACGGUAUACAAAGACACUUUCAUUGCUGGCUGCAUCGCUGGCGUCGUUCAGGCUGUAAUGGCUUGUCCAAGCGAAUUCAUCAAAGUCCGUAUGCAAACUGGUCAAGGUGAAAAAAGUUACUUGGAAAUAUAUGAUCAAACGAGCUCUUUUUGCGACAGAGAUGCUACUGCGAGCGGAUUAUACGUAUUGGUUUAUCUCUACGCCCGUCAUCAUAUGCACGGUCAUUUGGAGCUUAAUCCGGGCACUUUUGAGACACUCAUUGCUGGGGGAUUAGCUGAAUCAGGAACGAUAUCCUGGAUGCCAGUGGUGCCAUUCGAUACGAUAAAAUCGCGGAUGCAAGCAGACGAUUUGAGAAAUCCUUUGUACAAGGGAAUGGUGGACUGUACCAUCAAGCUAUAUAAACUCGGAGGUACUCGAAUAUUUUUCAAAGGAUUCGUUAUGAUAGCUAUCCGAUCGUUCCCCGUCAAUGCAUCGGCAUUUUUGGCAUACGAUAUGACAAUGAAGUGUUUUAAAUACUUUUUUGCAAAUUGAACAAAAAGAGCAUCAUUUUUUCGCAAACUCGCAUCCGACAUGAUUGUAUUACAGAUUUUUUCCGAAAUCUAAACUGUAUCCCUAUAAUUCUUAACGUCUCCAUCAACUACGUUAAUUUAUUUUCUGUAUAGCCAACGUUUGCGAAUGAAAAAUAUAUGAAUAAUUUGUUACGAUCCAUACAAUUGAAUGCUAAAAUAGUAAAAAUAUGCUCCAACAAUGUUAACAACGUUGCCGCUUCUAAAAUGUACCAUCCCUGGACGUUUUUUUCAUUUGAAUCUGUAUAUGCACGCACACACACACACACACACAGACACACACACGCACGCACGCACACACACACACACACACACGGUGUGA